GACCAUCCACUUCGUGAAUGGACACCUGAGAUUGAUACGUGGCUGGCAGAAAUGCUGAGGCUCGAAGGUCGAUGUGGACACUCCGAUAUGGAUUGCGCGGGAUGCAGCUCUGAUCAUUCGCCUUUCCGAUGCCGGGACUGCUCGGACGUCCAAAUGUAUUGCGAGAGCUGCAUGGUGCAUCGCCAUCGGGCACUUCCCUUCCAUCGGCUUGAGAGAUGGCACGAUGGCAUAUUCUUCGCCAAGGUCGACCUCAAAAGUCUCGGACUUCGUAUACAGCUGGGUCAUCCCCCUGGUGUGUCGUGUAUCAACCCCGAAAGAGCAUUUGGGGACGACUUCGUAGUGCUGGACCUCUCGGGAGUGCACAGCGUCGGACUCGACUUCUGCGGCUGCACUUGUGCGGCAUCUCACACGGUGCAGCUUCUGCGCGCAAGACUAUUUCCAGCAACGUCUACGAACCCCAAGACCGCUGCCACUUUCGCGCUGCUCCGACACUUCCACCUCUUAUCCAAUCAAGCGAAUGUAUCUGGGUUCGAGUUUCAUACGACGCUCGCUCGCCUGACUGACAACACCGGGGUCAACCCUCCGAAGGAUCGGUACCCGUCGUUCAUGCGGAUGAUGCGGAUGUGGAGGAAUCUGCAGAUGUUCAAGAGAGCUGGUCGAGGACAUGAUCCUGCCGGGGUCAACGCAACCGCGCCUGGCGAGUGCGCCGUGGCAUGUCCGGCAUGUCCCCACCCUGGAAAGAACCUCCCCGAGGACUGGCAAAACGCCCCACCAGACCAGCAGUGGCUCUACCGGCUGUUCGUGGGGAUAGAUGCUAAUUUCCGUCUGAAGCGCAGGCUCGUCUCUUCUAACGAGCACGAUCCUGGUUUAAACCGUGGCGCCGCCUACUUCGUCGAAGAAAGGGCCUACAAAGCCCACUUGGCGGCCCACAGUGACCUCGUGCAAGAGACAACUAGCACUUGCCACAACCACGACGCCGUUAAGCUCGCGAACUCAAGGGGUCAAGACACAACAGAUGCGACUGGUGUGGUGACAAUCGAGUGUACGCGGCAUGACAUGAAGAGGCCGUGCUCCGUCGGCGAUCUUCAAAAGGGAGAACGAUACGUCAACACGGACUACGUGUUCCAUUCAAGUGUUCAAGAUAAUGACCACCUCUACAAUCCGCAGUGGGAUUUUGCUGGCCGCCGGAUCAUUUUCCUCAUACCCAAGUUCCAUCUACCAGCUCAUAAGGUGAGUUGCCGGGAGAAUUACUCAUUUAACUACGCGAAGCAUGUAGGUCGCACCGACGGGGAAGCCGUGGAGCGCGGUUGGUCCGCGGUGAAUGGCUUUUCUGGGAGUACCAGGGAGAUGGGUCCUGGAGCUCGGCGCGACCUGUUGGACGACGUGUUCGCGGACUACAACUGGCGAAAGAUUGCUCGUCUCCCGACUGCCAUACUGAACAAGGUGAAAGUUGCAAUCGACAAACGCAGCAAGUACGUCUUCGCCUUCGAGGCUUUGGACGAUGGAAUGAAUCCAGCCCAUAAGAUGGACUGGCAGAGGCAAGUGGAGACCUGGGAGUCGGGUACAGACGGCACAUGCCCCAACCCCUUUGCCGUCACACGCAGACCUGUUACUUUGGCGGCCGUCCGGUUGAAGCUGGCCGAGCGUGAAUCUGCAGAACUGCAAGCACGGAGUUCCACUUCACUUCUCGACGUCAUCUCGCCUUACUCUCUCAUUUCACAAGGCCUCGACCACGAAGAAGAGCAACGCAGGCUCAAGGCAAAGAAAGCCAAUCUUGGCUCGCGUGCAACAGACCUACAGAAGGGUGAUGUUGUCAUCGCCCGCAACAGCUUAUUCCGCACGAUCGAGGCGUGGCAGGCAGUUCAGCAUCUGUACAUGCCAACCGUCGCUGCGCAACGGAGUCGUGACACCGCGUUGAAUAUCGCCCCACCAGCGGAGGAUAUCUCCCUCUAUCUCCCGUCUGAGGUCGUCGACCUCAUGACAGUUGAAGGCCAGUUGCAGGACAUCGAGUGGGAGCUACGCGUUGGGCUCGCGCAUGAUGCGCUUGAGGACAUCCGCCGACUUCUCAGCGCGAAGAAGAAACUACUACAAUUCAAGAGUUCUUUCGUCACUGGUCAGUACCACAACACACGCGCGCGCGGCGCCAUCGACAGGUGUAUGGAGAAGAUUACUCAGAUCAGGGCUAAGUACAACGCUUGCUACAGCGCGCUCACGAAGCUUGCUCCCGCCCUAGGCAAGACGAGCUGGAGGAGGGAAACGGGCUUACAGCAGCUGGUGGACAACGAUGUACGGUACAUGUCCGAACCGGACCCAGAGGCAGAGGACGAGCAGACUGAAGGGACGCGGACAGUUUCAUGGAUAUGGACAACAAAAGGGGCGCAAAGCGGAGAUGAUGACGAGGAUGAAGAGGAGAGUACGUGA